CCAAGACAUGAACGAGUCGACAGACAUCAUCCAACGGAACACAUGCGCCAAUACCUGGCGCGAAAACAAUUCUCACGAAUGAAGACCUCCAAUACACCUAACGUUCUACCUCUGUCCCGUGACAUCGUCAGACUCAAAGAAGCAAUCACUACGAGCGAGUGGCACCGCGAGUGGCAGACUGCACCUCACAGCUUAGCACCAUCACGGCCUUUGUCGCUACUUAUGGAGCCAACAGAAAUAAACCUAAAGACUCACAUACGGAAAGCGAAACGGGUAUAUCUGUGUCACUUCGAUGCCAAUCACGAACCACAAGGCCGGAUAACGCAGCGGUUGGGCGAAGAAGAGAGGGAAAGGAAGAGAAUGGUGCGAUAUUUGGGAGAAGAGAGAGAGGCCGAGAAGACAAGAGAGAAGCAGCUGGAAGAAAAGAGGAAAGAAGUGAGAACCGCUUCACGAGCUGCUGAGGUGAUUGAUUUGACAGGCGAUGAUGCUGUGGACUUUGGAAUGGUCUGGCGGACUGCGAACGUUGAAAACGUCGAGAAUCUGCCACCG